UUAAAUCAAUGUCCUGUUGUAAGUGACUCUGCAUAUAAUGCACAGUUUGUGUUAUAUUGUUUUCAUCUUUUUCCUUUACAGUGUCAUAGGGUUGAAUUUUGACUUCUUGGCAUUAAAUUUCACAGGGUUUAUUGCAUACAGCAUGUUUAAUGUGGGUAUGUUCUGGGUCCCCUAUGUAAAGGAGGAGUUUCUGAAGCGCAGCCCCAACGGGGUGAAUCCUGUGGAAGCUAAUGAUGUUUUUUUCAGUCUCCACGCAGUUGUUCUGACCCUUGUAGGUAUCUGUCAGUGCUGUCUCUAUGAGAGAGGUGAGCAGAGAGUCUCAAAGGUGGCUAUUGGUCUGCUGGUGAUCGCCUGGGUGUUUGCCUUCUCAGCUCUGUUUGCGGCGGUCACAGGUACUAUCACCUGGCUGGAUUACCUGUAUUACUUCUCUUACAUUAAACUGGGGGUCACACUGGUCAAAUACAUUCCACAGGCUUACAUGAACUACCGGAGGAAGAGCACGGUUGGCUGGAGCAUCGGAAACGUCUUGCUGGAUUUUACAGGAAGGAGCUUCAGUCUGAUACAGAUGUUCUUGCAGUCAUUCAACAACGAUCAGUGGAUGUUGAUUUUUGGAGACCUAACAAAGUUCGGUUUGGGAGUGUUCUCAAUCUUGUUUGACAUUCUGUUCAUCACUCAGCACUGUUGCUUGUAUUCACAAAAGACAGACGCAUACCAGCCUCUAGACUAGCCCACCGAAACUCAACAAAGCACAGCACCCUCGCGGGACCGUUCCCAGCUGUGGGUAGAACCAGUAACGACUCCUUGUUUAUAUUUCCCUUCCACAUCCCCGUUCGUGUGCCUUUCCAGGGCUGCUGCACAACAAUCUCAAUCUAAUAAAAGGGACCUAUGCAUCCCACAAAUGAAAAUGGUGCUAGCUUUCUUAUUGUUUUGCGGUGAGACACACGAAACACGGUUUAAAAUGUACCGAGGUUGAAUCUUCUCAUCCAAAUUGUCAGUUUCCGCCUUGAGACUUGAGUUGCUCUCCAAUGUACUUUAAGAAACCGUUUGAACAAGCGCUCAAUUCCUUGUAUACAUUAAG